CUCAUUUCUCUUUACUUUUCUUCUUUACUUUUCUUAAACUUCUUUUCUCAAAAGAACAUCCCAAAAAUGAGAUAUUCAGUCUUACCAAAAGCUUCACAUCCACCUAAUCAAUCUACUAUCUUAGCCAACAAAUUACAAUCUCCUCUCUUUCCUUAUGCUCGGUUUAGUUCUAAUCCUUCUCUCUCUUAUACAUUAGAAAACUUACUUAUCUCUGCUUUGACAGUCGUCACUAGUUCACUUGAUUUUUUAUUUACUCUAUCGGUUUGGAUUCCAAUAGGUUUCAUUAAGACUAUAUAUGAAAGUUUCAUCAAUCCAUUAAUCAAAUUCUUUAAUCAAGAUCAUAAUUUAUCUUCUUCUUAUACAACUCCUCCUAGAGUAGUUAUCAUCUCAGGUGGUAGUUCUGGUAUAGGUGCUCAUUUAGUUCAACUUUAUGCUUGUCCUCAAACCGUUUUGAUUAUCUUGGGUAGAGAUCAAGAAAGAUUAGAACAUGUGGCUAAGGUGGCUAAAUCAUUGGGUUGUGCUUCACUUGAAACUCAUUCCAUUGAUUAUGCUCAUGAUGAUGCUGAAGAGAAGAUUAAGAGUAUGAUUCAUCAAGUUAAAGAAAAGUAUGGGGUGAUUGAUGAGAUCUUUUCGGUGGCUGGUACGGUGACUUUUACGGAUGAUCAAGAAGGUGAAUCUGAAAGAUGGGGCGCUAAAACGGCCAAGAGAUUAACCCAGGUCAACGUCGCUUCGACUUAUGCUUUCAUCAUGAACAGUUGGGAAAUCAUGAAGACCCAAAGGCAUGGAAAGAUUUGUAUCAUUGCUUCAUCAGCUGCACUUUUCGGUCCACCUCAAUUCGCAUUCUACGGAGCAUCCAAAGCGAAUUUACUUUCCUUUAGUCAAUCACUACGAUCGAUUUCGACUCCCUAUAACAUCAAUGUGAAUUGUAUUUGUCCAGGGUUUAUUGAAUCAGGUAUGACAGCUGAUAUGUUAUCAGCCGGAUCUACAAUGCCACCUAUGAUGUUAGCCGAUACACUUCAAAUGGCACAAAGGAUUCGUUUGGCAAUCAAUCAAAACCAAUCGGUUGUAGUUUGGCCACUUAAUCAAGUCUUACCUCUCUUGUUGGCUAGUAAAUUGAAUUGGUUAAAUGCUGAUCUUGGUCGUUGGGUGGCUAGUAAGAUUGGUGUGACGGGUGAAAUGGUUUCUUAAAAAGCGAUUUACUAUAUAUUAUGUUUUAGUUAGUAGCAUAACCUCUGUUUGACUCGAAUGAUAAGAUUUGGUUACAAAAAUUGACUGGUCAUUGAAUGUAGUGUUGUUGUUGUUUGAUCUUAGUAUUGAUUGGAGUUUGUCCUUCAUUAUUAUGAAAAAUUGAACUUUCAUGAUUCAUCCAUUGAAUUGGACUCAAUGUAAACCACAUUAUUGCCAAAUCUUG